CGAAUAAACGAACGUCAUCCUCCACUCCUCCCCAUCCCCAUCCCCCAACACAAGAAGAAGAAAAAAAACCUCCCCUCCCCUUCCCCCCAAUCGUAAACCCUAGCCCCGCCUGCCCGCCGGAGCGCCGGAUGCCAUGGGGGCCAGUCGGAAGCUGCAGGGCGAGAUCGACCGCGUGCUCAAGAAGGUGCAGGAGGGCGUCGACGUCUUCGACAGCAUCUGGAACAAGGUCUACGACACCGAGAAUGCCAACCAGAAGGAGAAGUUCGAGGCCGACCUCAAGAAGGAGAUCAAGAAGCUGCAGCGCUACCGCGACCAGAUCAAGACCUGGAUCCAGUCCAGCGAGAUCAAGGACAAGAAGGUUAGUGCCUCUUAUGAGCAGGCUCUCAUGGAUGCCCGCAAGCAGAUUGAACGCGAGAUGGAACGAUUUAAGGUCUGUGAGAAGGAAACUAAAACCAAGGCCUUCUCGAAAGAAGGGUUAGGUCAACAGCCUAAAACUGAUCCUAGAGAGAAGGCUAAAGCUGAAACAAGAGAUUGGCUUAACAGUGUGGUUAGUGAUUUGGAAAAUCAGAUUGAUAAUUUUGAAGCGGAGCUUGAAGGACUUUCAUUUAAGAAAGGAAAACAAAGACCUCCUCGAUUGGUACAUUUAGAGAAAUCUAUUACGCGGCAUAAGGCUCAUAUAAAAAAAUUGGAGUCAAUUCUGAGACUCUUGGAUAAUGAUGAGUUGAGUCCUGAGCAAGUCAAUGAUGUGAAAGAUUUCCUAGAAGACUAUGUUGAACGUAAUCAGGAAGAUUUUGAUGAAUUUAGUGAUGUUGAGGAUCUCUAUAGCACAUUGCCUAUGGAGAAGGUUGAAGCACUCGAAGACAUGGUUUCACUUGCUCCUUCCAUUCUUAUCAAGGGUGUUGCUGCUGUUUCCACUACUGCAGUUUUGAGUACGAAGAGUCCGACAGCAACUUCACCUACUCAGGCUACUGUAUCAACAAUCUCACAAGGGACAUCACAAGAUCAAGCAGAGGAAACAACUACGCUAGAAAGCAAUCCUGAAUCGGUGCCACAAACACCACCUCCGAAGGGUGGAAAUCUGGGACCAUCAGUGCCAGUUGUGCCCACUGCCAUUAGUACCAGUGCUGCAGCUGUUUCCGUUUCGGCAGAUACUAUUACUUCCCCAGGCCCAGUACGACCAGUUAUUCCUGCCACAGCACCCACAAUAUUUGCUCCUGCUGCUGUUCGAAAUGCUCCAGAGAGCAUGCCUGCUGUUGCUUCAACUCCUGCAAACUUAUCUACUGCCGUGAAGGAUGAUGAAAGCAUGAGCUUUCCUCCACGUAGACCGUCUCCCGCAGUUACUGAAAUUGGUCUUGGCAGGGGUAUUGCCCGUGGCUUAACUAGUCAGCCUUUAGCUGCUCCCAUAAGUGUAGGCCCAGUUCCAGGAAAUGGGUCCAUUACUGCAAUUCCUCCAAUAAAUGACCUGUCCAAACGAAACAUAAUGAAUACCGAUGAGAGGGUUAACAGUGGCGGUCUUUCUCAGCAGUUGGUUUCACCUCUUGGUAGUAAAGUUCAACCACAGCCGGUUCUGAAGACUAACGACGCAGUUAGCUCUGAUUCCAGUAACACAAGUGAAAGUGCGGUUAUUGGAGGAAGGGUAUUUUCUCCUCCGGUUGUUCCUGGGGCUCAGUGGAGGCCUCAAGCUCCUGCUGGUUUCCAAAAUCAAAGUGAAACUGGUCAAUUUCGUGGAAGACCUGAGGUCACCGACCAAAGGGAGAAGUACUUGCAAAGAUUGCAACAAGUACAGCAGCAGCAGGGCAACCUUCUUAACGCUUCUCAUAUAACAGGCAUCAACCAGAAGCAAUUUCCAACCCAGCAGCCCAAUUCCCUCUUACAACAGUUUAAUUCUCAGAGUUCUUCUAUCUCUUCUCAAGGGGGCCUUGGGCUAGGGGGUCAGGGACCAGGUAUCCCUUCUGCCUUCUCGUCUCAGCUAGAACCUCAUGAAUCCCAAAUUCCCGAGCAAUACGCUGGGCAAACAAAAAGUGAUGAGCAACAAGGCUUGGCCGAUGAUGCUAGUGUGGAGUCUGCUGCAACAACUGGACCUAAUAAGCACACCAAUGAAGAUGACACUAAGGCUCCUUAUUCGAAUCCUCCAGCAUCCGUAGCAGAAGGCACCCAGCUAUCUAGAGACUCUGAUCUAUCACCCGGGCAGCCUAUGCAAGCUGGCAUGCCAUCAUCUGGUGUUGGUGUUAUCGGCCGGAGGAGUGUAUCUGAUUUUGGAGCAAUUGGAGACAAUCUCAGUGGAGCUUCGGUAGUUUCGGGUCACGAUCACCUUUAUAAUUUGCAAAUGCUCGAAGCUGCAUACCACAGGCUUCCCCAGCCCAAGGACUCUGAGCGUGCGAAAACUUAUAUUCCGAGGCACCCUUCAGUGACCCCUGCUAGUUACCCACAGAUUCAGGCACCGAUUGUGACAAAUCCUGCUUUUUGGGAAAGGCUCGGUAGUGAUACAUUGUCUACAGAUAUGUUAUUCUUUGCAUUCUACUAUCAGCAGAACUCGUACCAACAGUAUUUGGCCGCCAAAGAACUAAAAAAGCAGUCAUGGAGAUUUCACAGGAAGUACAAUACUUGGUUCCAACGGCAUGUGGAGCCACAGGUCACGACCGAUGAGUAUGAGCGGGGAUCGUACGUGUACUUUGAUUUUCAUCUCGCAGAUGACGGCAAUGGGUGGUGCCAAAGGAUCAAGAACGACUUCACAUUUGAAUACAACUUCCUUGAGGAUGAACUGUCAGUACAACCAAACUAGGGCACUAGGGCUGAUCAAAGCGUUUGAUCAAUGCGACUCAUGUAAUUUUCAGAAUGGAACUGUUGGAACCUGGAACAAAUUCAAAUUCCCCAGUUGUAAGUUGUAACCUUGUGGGCGAAUUUAAAUUUAGAGCUGUUGUGUGCAUUCCUGGUCCCAGCCCUCAGAGUCUGAACCUCAUUCUGAAUUAGUUCCAGAUUUCCUGGAAACUGGGAACUGGGCAUGUCCAACGAAUUUGAUGGUACAUUAAAAUAAAGGACUUGAUGCAACAUUGUUA